AUGUUGGCAUCUUGGUCACUAUGUUUCUCCCUUUUGUUCGCUACGCUCGUUCAAGCGGACUUCAAAAAAUACAUAAGUACAUCCGCAGACAUUCGCACGGAAUGCAAGACGUGUCCACGCUCGCUAUGUCCCAACCAGCUUUCCUACGACUUUGACGAGGCCCUGAAUGUGACAUGCUGGACGCGAGGGACGAAGAUCAUGGGCGAUCAGCUGUGGCUGAAGAGCGAUGCCGGAUGCUACAUCACGCAGUAUGAUGUCGCCGAGUACGCUGGUGACUACGACAUUCCAUACUGCGGCAGUGAUUCCGAAGAGCAAAACCUCACCCUCGAAGACGCGACACUCAAGUACAAAACCGAAUGCAGGAUCUGCCCGCAGAUCAGCUGCGACACGGUAGCAUACUUACGCGAAGACACAGAGCUAGAGCUGACCUGCUGGUAUCCCGACGGGCAAGUGAUCAUCGAUGACCCCUACUGGAUGAAGACAACCAACAAUUGCUACGUUGCGCAGGCAAACCUCUACUCCAAGCCCGACACCACCUCCCUCGACCCAUGCGGGCCCGUCCCGCUUCUCGAGACCGCAAACCACAAUAAUGAGAACGGCACGAGCGAUGUGAACAAGCGUGAGAUAUCUCCGGGACUUGCUGAAAGAGCAGCACGUUAUCUCGUCAGCCUCACCAUCGGCGAAGAAUACUCCAGCUGCCGCAGCUGCGCAGACACGCCUUGCAGCGUGGAGAAGGUGUACGAGUUCAACCAGACAGUUGUGAUGCAGUGCUUGGUCGAGACGAACGGGACGGUUUGGUGGAGUUUGACGACUGUGAGUGUGUGA